GCGCUAUGUGCGCGCGCACAAACGCGUCCGAGCCGCGUCCCGAACCAGAGCGCCACACCGUCGUGUCUCUAUCGCCCGCGACCUGCACCGCCGAGGCCCCCCCAUGGUGCCCCCCGCCGUCGGAGACCCGAGGAGAUGCUGGCCCCUGCGCAUCCCGGCGUGGUACCCCCUCAGUCCAGAGACCGCCCCUCCGCCCGCGAUGAAGCUGCUGCCCAUCUCGCUGCCCCAGUCCGGGCCCGCCGGCCCCAUGGAGCGGCUGCCGCUGUCGCUGCCGUUCGGCGCGAGCGAGCUGCUGUGGCGCUACCCGGGGCUCUCCUUCUCGGUGCAGCAGGGCGGCCAGGCGCCCGCACCCUCGCCGGCGCCCCCGGCGUUCGACUUCAAGAACCAGCUGCCCACGGCCCUCGCCACGGACCCGCGCAUUUGGAGCCGGGAGGACGUGUGCACGUUCCUGCGCUGGUGUGAGCGUGAGUUCGACCUGCCCAACUUCGACAUGGACAUGUUCCAGAUGAACGGCAAGGCGCUCUGCCUCCUCACCAAGACGGACCUCGGCGAGCGCUGCCCCGGCGCGGGCGACGUGCUUCACAACGUGCUCCAGAUGCUCGUCCGCGACGCCCAGUUCCUGGCGCGCUGCCUGCCCAGCUCGCCCGUCACCCCCACGUCGCGCCACUUCCCGCACGGCCACCCCGGCGUGCACCCCGUCCAGCACCCCCUGUCCCCCGCGCACACACACCCACCGCCCACGCCGAACUGGAGCCUUCUGGUUCGCGGCCCGGGAGGUGAGUUGUCGCUGGGGCACGGACCGCAUGCGGACCGCGGCGCAGACCGCGGUGGUGGAGGUGGAGGAGGAGGGGGCGGCCCGCCACCCUUCGGGUCUGGCCCCGGCCUGAGCCCUGGCCUGUCCCACCUCAUGGGCUCCAUGGGGGUGGGCCACAUGGGCCACAGCAACUCGGUGACCCUGAGCCCCGCGCCCUCCCUGGACAGUCAGUCAGGCUCGCCACAGCACCCCCUGGAGCACGGCAACAACGUGUCUUCAUUCCCACUGCUCACGGGCUUCGGUGGCUCCAAUGGCAGCUCGGGCAGCACCCAGUCGCAGUCCGAUUCUGAGGAGGACAGCUACCCCGAUGGUGCCAACGGUGUGGUGGCCAACGGACAGAACGGCAACGGGUCAACGGGCUCCACGGGGUCGACGGGGUCGACUGGCAGCGGGUCUAGUCCGCCCAGCACGCCGUCGUACCUUGUCACGUCCGCCCCCACCCACAUGCCCCACACACCGCACACCCCUGCGUCACCGCGCUCCCCGGCCGUGAAGGAGCCGGCCACCCCCACCAGUCAGACGCCUUCAUCCGUACCCACCACGCCGGGCUUCAGACCCGGCGGCGGGGCCCGAGAGUUCUUCCCGGACACACCCGAGCCCAACACAAACGGGCGUCUCCUGUGGGACUUCCUUCAGCAGCUACUAAACGAUGCAAGUCAGCGGUACACAAGCUAUAUUGCCUGGAAGAACCGCGAGACGGGCGUGUUCAAGAUUGUGGACCCUGCUGGUCUUGCUAAGUUGUGGGGCAUUCAAAAGAAUCACCUUUCCAUGAACUAUGACAAAAUGUCGAGAGCCCUCCGAUAUUACUACAGAGUAAAUAUUCUACGCAAAGUUCAAGGAGAGCGACACUGUUACCAAUUUUUGCGGAAUCCCACUGAGCUGAAAAACAUUAAAAACAUAUCCCUCCUCCGGCAACAGAUGAGUCCAACUCGUCCUGCUCCUCAGGCGAGCUAUAACAGCAGUAGUACAAAUGCUAAUAGUAAUGCACUACACUCCACUGGGCCUCCAUCACCUGUUGCGAUGAUCAAAGUCGAACCAGACUUGGACAUUGAUGACACAGAAGAACCUGAGGAUAUGCCUACAGACCUCAGCAUGAUGUCGUCACAAAGCCAACGCAGGCAACAAGAUCAGCAGGCGGCUGCCACCGACCUUAGCAGCCAUUCAAGUGAAAGAGGUCACUUUAUUGCUCCAGAAGUGAGCAUGUCCACAAAGUAUGUAAGAGAUGUGGAUUCCUCAUCAGAGAAUCAGAACACUUCAUAUCCUCUGUCCUACAGCAACCGUCAAAAUGAAACAUCUGAUAGUGUUGCGUUUCCCUUAACACUUAUACGUCAAAGUGAACCAGUGGAAAGUGAAGAAAGUAAAUAAAAACUUUGGCGUAUAUUCUGGCCAAUUUUAAUCUAUGUAACUUUACUAUGAAUGAGUGUUUUACUUGGGAAGUAUCAAGUAACUUUCCAAGUUGUUGAGUGAGAGGUGCAAGUUAUCAGAAAUUCAAUGUGAACUGGAAGAAAGCUUCAUAUGUUAAUAUGAAUUAUUGUAUAUGAAAUUAUUGACGUUACUGUAGACUUGCUGUUAAGAGCUGUUGAACUGUGAUUAAAUAAAGUUUUAUGCUAGGAAAUCAGUAUGUCUCUGUGCUCAAAGAAAAGAUAUGUAAGAAUUUUAUCUUAACAAGGCUUCAUUUGUGGGACAAGAUUUACUGUUUAUCUUAACUUCAUGGAUCUUGCAUAGCUGUGAAUUAAUUGUUGAAUUUAUUUUUAAAACGCUGGUUUUACCCGGCAGUUGUAAUCCUUUGCAUUUACAGAGGACAUUAGCAAUAGUUUUUGGGACCUAUUUACUCUUGUUUGAUGCUUGCUGGCCUGAGAAAAGGAUUUUUACUUUAUGAAAAUAGAUUUUGAAUCUGUUUUUAUUUGAUGUUUCAUACUGUGUGCAAAGUAUGCCCAACAAUCUACUUGUUCAAGUACAAAGUAUUUUUAAAAUCUGGGUGUUAAGUUUUACCAAUUUUGUAUAUGUUUAAUGGAAUGCAGCAUAAAGAUCUAACCGAGUUAUAGAGUACAGAAAUCUUCAGAGAGGAAAACAGGUAUAUAUUUUUCUUUUUAGUGAUUUAAUAUUUUGAGGGAACUUACUGUCCAAAUAUGUGAUCAUUAAUACUGUAUGUGUUCUUAAGCUGUGGGAGAACUUUUGUGCCAAUUAGUAAUUUUAAGGGAAUGCAGUGGAAGGAGUUAUAGUACAAUAAUCCUUGUGGUAGGAUAUUCUGGAUCAAAAUUGUCUACUGAGAUAUAGUAAUAAACCCUCACCACCAGAACAAUUAUCUGUGAUAAUGCUCCUAUGGUGUGUUAAUACUUUUUGGACUGGUGUUAAAGUUGCUUGCUCUUAGCUUAGCAUUUAGUAUUUUAUUAUUUUCUGCCUUCAAUAACCACAUUCAAUUUCAAUCUUAAUCAAGUUGUAAUACAUUUUCACAGCACUAGCUGGCCAUAAACUAGUGCAGGCUAAGCAAGAAAGCUAUUAAACAACACUUUCAGAGAGCGCUUUCUAGUAUAUACCUGCUGAACUCAGUAAAGGAAACACAGUUGGGGGAACCUCAAAGACUCAAUCAAGUUUUUGAUAACCAGGCGAGAAAAGUGGAGGGAUUUGGAUUGUCUUUAUAAUUUCUUCCAUAUUUUGUGUGACAAAAUCGAAAUUCUUUUUGCUUCUUAUGAAUACCUUGUCAGAAUGGGACAGUCAUUUUGAUAUCAGAAUGAUAUUGGUGUCCAAGAGUAAUCUUGUUACUGUCAUUGCUUUCUUGCUGAUUCCGUGACAAAAUUAUUGUUAAUAACAUGACUCAUCAAUCAGUUCUGUUUCUGACUAGGUUUGCUUGUAGUUUGUAAUUUCAAGUGCCUUUAAAUGUGAUAAGUCCAUAGAAUUUAUAGAUUUGUAUUUGGAUCAAAGAUGCCAUGGUGAACUAUGCCUCUCAAUAUUUUAAUUCUUUUUAUACCGAUGAAGGUUGAUUUGAAUUAUGCAAAUACAAUGAAUGGCACAGGCACUAUCUCAAGGCAUCUUUGUGCCCUGUCUGGACUGAAAAUGCUCGUGGAUUUUUACAAUUUGUUUUCCCUGUUACUAUUUUAAUUUUGCAUACUUCCAAUCUUUCUCUCUUCAUUUUUCUACCAUAAUAGCAAAUGGUUGUGUGGUUAAACACUUUGUAGGAGUAAAAUUCCUGUAUCUCUGUGAAUGUAAAUACAAGUUCUGUAAACUUUUUUGUAACAGACUUUCUUUCAUACAAACCGAGUAAAGUAAAUGUGUAAAUAACUUAAUUUUUAGAUACAUAUUUGGUUUACAUCUCUACGGACUUAGAUAUGGCAUCAAGGAUCCAACUUUUGUUCAGUUACUUGAGUAAUAGAGCAAUAUUUUCCCUUUAUCAUGGUUGGUGUAAGGAAAAGUUUAUGUAUUAUUAUGUAUAUAUUCAUUGCGUAAAUUUUAUCUGUUUUCAUCCAAUACUUUGUUUUGCCAUAUUGACGACAUGACAGCGAUGUCUGUGUGUUGCAAAAAUGUUCUAUAUUAAGUGAUGGCAGCCCUGCGCUUUGUGUGAAGGAGCAAUUCUCUUGAAAAUUGUCUAUAUUGUAUUUUGGUAUUGUUCAUAUGGAACAAAAGAUUAUUUUGAUUAUAACGAUCUCACUUGCUGCUGUACAAUCAAGUUGAUUAUAAAGUGUUUUUUGUUGUCUUGUACAAACCAGAUUUAAAUUUUAUAUUAAUAAUGCCACUGUACAGUGAAAAAAAUAUUUGUAUUUUGUACAUAAAAUAUUACUUAGAUACAGCAGCUUGGUCAAAUAAAUUACUUUUAAGCGGU